AUGAGUGUGGAUGGGAGCUCAGAUGGCUACUGGGCUGAGCCACAGUUGGAAGGGCACUCAGUAAAAAUGCAGAUAGACACGGGUUCUAAAGCAUCAUUACUGUCGCACAAACUGUACAAGAAAUACAUGAGGCAGGUGGUAAGGAAGCUGUCACACAGUCUCACUCCCCUACAGGAGAUACUGGAGAAAAACUCUGAUGUUUUCCGUGACGAAUUAGGCAGCAUGAAAGAUAUAAUUCUGAAGUUACAUGUCAAAGCUGACUCCAAGCCUGUGUUCAUGAAAGCUAGACCAGUGCCAUAUGCAAUCCGAAGCAAGGUGGAAGUGGCCCUGGAUGCUCUGGUCAAGAAUGGCGUUUUGGAGCCUUGGGGGAAAAAAAUUCAGUCACGUGAAAUGUUGACCAUCAACACACAUAAGGGACUUUUUAGAUACGGCAGACUGCCUUUUGGCAACACCUCAGCCCCAGCGCUCUUUCAGCGGGCGAUGGAUCAGAUCCUCAGCGGAUUGCCAGGGGUGCAGUGCUACCUCAACGAUAUCUUGUGCACCGGAACUAGCGAUGAUGAACAUCUGCACAACUUGGACGCUACCCUCCAAAGACUGAAUGACUACGGCUUGAGAGUCCGUAACGAGAAAUGUUACUUCUUCCGACCAUCAGUGGAAUAUCUGGGGCAUGUAAUUAAUGCAGAUGGGCUACACACUGCACCAUCAAAGGUAGCAGCAGUCGUAGAUGCACCUCCGCCCCAGAACGUCAGCCAGCUACGAUCCUUCUUAGGACUGUUGAACUACUACGGGCGCUUCAUUCCCAAUUUAUCUUCGCUGCUACAACCGCUGUACGAACUGCUACGCCAAGAUAAAAAUUGGAAGUGGACGGCUGGCUGUCAGGAGGCUUUUGAAAAGGCUAAAAAUAUGCCGACGUCGUCCGAGGUCCUGACUCACUUCAACCCAUCACUUCAGCUUCAGCUCGCCUGUGACGCCUCCCCAUACGGAGUAGGGGCUGUCCUUUCUCAUGUUUUACCAAGUGGUGAGGAAAAGCCAAUUACUUUUGCAUCAAGGACAUUAAACAAGGCAGAGUCUAAUUAUGCUCAGCUAGAACGGGAGGCACUGAGCAUUGUGUUCGGAGUUCGGAAGUUUCAUCAAUACCUAUAUGGGAGACGGUUUACACUCCUAACUGACCACAGACCCCUCAAAACCAUCCUUGGUCCACACACAGGUAUACCAUCGCUUGCCGCUUCCCGACUGCAGCGGUGGGCUUUGUUGUUGUCAGCACAUACAUAUGACAUCAAAUAUCGGAAGGCAGACUCCCACUGCAAUGCGGAUGGUUUAUCUAGGCUGCCACUGCCUGUCACGAACCCGGAGUCUAACACAGUGGACAUAUUCUACUUUAGGGAGGUAGAAAAAGCACCUGUUUCAGCUGUACAGGUUAAGAAAGAGACACAAAAUGACCCGGAGUUGUCUGCUGUGAUGGACAUCAUUAUCAAGGGUCGACCUGCUGGUGAUGACGCAAACUUGAAACCUUUCCUCGGAAGGAGGUUGGAGCUGUCUGUCCAGUCUGGGUGUUUGAUGUGGGGGAGGAGGGUCGUCAUUCCCUUGUCACUUUGCACAAAAGUGCUGCAACAGCUGCAUUCGGGACACAGUGGAAUAGUACGUAUGAAAGAAAUAGCAAGAAGCUACUUUUGGUGGCCUAAGAUGGAUAGCCAAAUUGAGGAGCUUGCCGAAAUUUCAUCAUGCCAAAAAGUCAGAAACAACCCUCCCCGCGCACCUCUUCACCCCUGGGAGUUUCCACAAGGACCAUGGCAGCGUGUGCAUAUUGAUUUUGCGGGAGCAUUUGAGGACAGAAUGUUUCUUAUUGCUGUUGAUGCACACAGUAAAUGGCCGGAGAUGGCUAUCAUGAGAUCAACCACGGCAGAGAAGACUAUUGAGAAGUUGGGGGAAAUGUUUAGUCGGUUUGGAUCUCCUGCACAGCUCGUCUCUGACAAUGGACCCCAGUUGUCUCACAGGGAAUGGCGGUUCCUACAAGCUAAUGGAGUUCAACACAUUAAGUCAGUUCCUUACCACCCCGCAACAAAUGGUUUUGCUGAAAGGUUCGUUCAGACCAUGAAGCAUGCUUUGAAAUCAUAA